AUGGCAUCGAGUGGAGAAUUACCACCUAAAGAUUUUUCCGAUGAUCAAAGUUACAGUGAUGCUAGCACAAAUUCGUCAUAUUCAUCGCCAUGUUCAUCCGUAAUCAUAUCCACUGGUGAAGAAAUCACUAGCAAUUAUCAAGGGAAAGAGUUUAAUGGAUACUGGAUAGGAAAUUCAUCAAGCUGUAGCCAGAUAGAAAACAGAACAGCAAUGCCGUUAUCCUUUCCUUAUGGUGAUAUAACAGUUCGCCAGAUUUAUCCUAAUUUCAAUCUACAAUUCGAGAACGAUUAUCCAUACUAUUUUCAAAAGGGAACUCCUAUCCAUUUAGCUAAUAAUCAAGUCAAAAAUAUACAAGAUUUAGCCCAAGAAGAUUUCAUAGCUUGUGCAAAACUUUAUCCUGAAUUAAAAUUGGAUACAAGUAGGAUCGUUUAUAAAGACGAUAGUUCAAGUACAGAAAAAGUAGUGAUUGGAUUUAUUACCGCAGAAUCCAACCAACAGACAAAUAUUGCAGGUACAAAUGGAAUUUGCCGCGGAACAUCCAUUCUUCGUUAUAGGCCGCGGUUGGUCAUCUUGCCAACCGACAAAGACAGCUAA